UGUAGUGCCAGUCUCAGUACAUUGAGAGCGGGCACCUUGCUAGGCCUCCUUCUGUGGCUUCUACUGGCUGCAUGCUGCAUGGACAAUGACUCUGGGACGCCUGGAAGCCACGCAAUGGAGGAAAUGACCUUUGAGGAUGUGGCUGUGAACUUCACCAUGGAGGAGUGGGCUUUGCUGGAUCCAUCCCAAAAGAAGCUCUACAGAGAUGUGAUGAGAGAAACAUUUAGGAACAUGGCUGCUGUAGGUAGAGCCCAGGAUAACCAAGAAGUUGAAGAGGACAAAAAUGACUGGAGAAACCGAAGAAAGGAAGAGUUGGAGAAAGGCUACCCACUAAAUAUGCCCACCAUAGCUCAUACUGGAAUGAAGACAUACAAGUUUUUUGAAUUAGAAGACAAGCUAUAUAAAUGUAAUGAACAUGGAAGAACCUGCAAUGAUUUCCACACCUUUCAGAAGGAUGCAAGCACAAAGACUGGAGAGAAAUCCUAUAAAUAUGAUCAAUGUGAAAAAUCCUACCCUGAUCUUAGUGAAAGAACUCAGAUUAGAGAGAAGACCUUUGCAUAUAAGGAAAACUUGAAAACCUCCAGUACAGCCAACAAUGUAAAGAUUCAUGAAAGAAUUCACACUGGGGAGAAACCCUAUGUGUGUAAGUAUUGUGAGAAAGCUUUUAGUACACAAGGUUAUUGUAAAAAACACGAACGGCUUCACACGGGGGAGAAACUCUUUGUAUGUAAAUAUUGUGGGAAAGCUUUUUGUAGACAUAGAGAUUGUAAAAGACAUGAAAGAACUCACACUGGGGAGAAACCCUAUGUAUGUAAGCACUGUGGGAAAGCUUUUAGUACACAAGGUUAUUGUAAAACACAUGAAAGAAUUCACACUGGGGAGAAACCCUAUGUAUGUAAGCAUUGUGGAAAAGCUUUUAGUACACAAGGUUAUUGUAAACAACACGAAAGGUUUCACACUGGGGGGAUACCCUAUGUAUGCAAACAGUGUGGGAAAGCUUUUUGUACACAUAGAGAUUUACAAGGAGGCAUUUGUGCCCUCUUACAUGUGGAAUGCUGUGUUUCUAUUCCUGAUGAUAAGAUGCAGGUGCAAGCUCUACAGCACAUGGAUGUGGAGAUGUCUGCCAUCCAAGCCUUGAGGCAAGACACCCUCACCCAGUUGGAUCCACCUGGAGCCAACUAG